AUCAAUAACACCUAAACGUUCUCGAAAGGUGCUUGCUCUUUUAAUCCGUUUUGCCGUUUUGGGUCAACAUGGCUGUUAUCUUAGAGGAAAAACAAAAUCGGAUAAGGAGUCGUCGAGUUGAAGCGGUUUUGCUUUCAACCCACAUCGUCCAAAUGUGUAAUGCAUGUCAUUUUUAAAAUUUCUAUUACGUAUAUAUUUUAUUAAUAAAUCCGCUGUGGGAGUUUCACCGGGAAUUUUUAAGCCUAUCGUUGAUUUUUUUUCUCGCUUUUUUAAAAUGGAAAUAUUUUUAAAGAACUUUCAACAUAAUCUUGAAUGCAUUUUUUCCUAGGGCCAUCCGCUAAUUCGUAAAUAAAAUUGUAUCAAUAUUCAAUAAAAGCUGGAAAAAAAAACCCAACGUAAUCACAAUAAAAGGGACGUAAUUUUGGAAAAUGUCGGAAAACGAAUUUUCGGAUCACAGCGUCAGCUCGGCUAGCAGCGUGGAAAGGUCGCACGACCACCAUGCAGAGUAUAAAAUCAACUUGAUCAUGUGCAUGGACAUAAUCGGCGACGUCCAUUUCGCCUUGGACGAGCCGGUGCACAUGGUGAGCUACAUGUACGACACUUUCAAGAACGAAGGUGAAAACUACACAGGAACUAUAACACGUGCCAAGGCGAAUUUCAAACGCGAAAAGGACGAUGUGGAAGAAGUAAAAAGUUACAUAAUUAAAGAGGACAGAAUGACUGGUCCACGCCAAGGAGAAGGAUUCUUUAAAAUUGAAACAUAUAUGUACGAGUCAAUUUUACCGAAAAUGGAUCUUCUAAUAUACGAUGCUCAAUUGCCUUCUAAUGAAAAGCUCUGGUGCGAAUACAUCGGAAGCCGGAAGUACCACACAAUCAUACUCAGCGAUCUGUGCGCCCAAGGGUUCACUCUUCCGAACAGACGAGAAGGCCUGAACGACAGGCAGGCAGUUCUCACGGUGAGAAAUUUGGCCAAAUUUCACGCCAUGUCCAAAGUGCUGAUAAAAAAGGGUACUAUCACUAAAAAUGAUUUUGGUCCGCGUUACACCUGCUUGAAGGAGGCUCCAGAAGUGACACGACAGCUUUACCAAGGAGGACUGAAGCAACUCGUAAGGUCGAUGAGACAAUGGCCCGAAGAAUGGAAAGAGGUGACAGAUAGGGUGGCACUUCAGAUAGACGUUAUUUUAGAAAAGCUACGUGCCAUACACGAAGAGCCGUAUGACGACAGUUUUGAAGUGCUGAACCACGGCGACCUUUGGUCUUGCAACAUGAUGUUCAAAAACGACGAUGAUGGCCAGCCCGAAGAGAUAAGAUUUGUAGACUACCAAGUCUGCCACGUCCACUCGUUAGCCUGGGACUUAAUCCAUUUGUUGUACAGCAGCUUCAACUCGAAUCUGCGUCAGUCGAUCUUCGACAAGCUUAUAACCUUGUACCAUAGCAGCUUGGACGAAUACAUGAAGGUUUUCAACUGUAAAAGUCCUGUACCUUCGCUGGCGGGAAUCCUGCGCGAAAUGGAUCGCUUCGCGUAUUAUAGCUUCGUCGUAACAGCCAUUAACUUUCCUCUCGCGACUACCCACAAAACCAAGGCUUUCAACUUAGAAAGGCUUAUCAAACCGAAGAAAAACCGCCGCAAGUCACCUUUUUCUCGUGGCAUUUAUUCCAUGAACAAAGUCAUCGAUACAGUAGGGGAACAACUGAAAACUAUGGUCACCAAAGGAAUCAUCUGAUCUACUUUUAUUUAUUAUUAGAAUGUAAUUUCAAUAUUUAAAAUAAGCAAUCGUGUCGUUUAAUCAAUUAACAAUUGUACUUAUUUAUGUAUUUUUUUAUUCCACAAAGAUCUUUGCUCAUGUUUAGUAUUAAUGUUAUAUCAAUGUUUAAUUGUAAGACAGUGUUGUGUUUUUUAUACUCUAUGUAUUUAUUCAUAUUUAUUUG